GCAGAGGCAGAACCAAGCGCAGGUAACUAAGAAAAAAUAGCGAGGAGGAGAAAAACCCUUAGGGCUUGUUAUGGGGUUAGAGUGAGAGAAACCAAGAUUUUUUUCCAACCUUCUUUACCAGUUAAACCAGUAACUCUGGAUAGAGCACACACAAGUACCGAAACAGGUAGAGUCUGUGGUCGCAAACGCUUUCGUCCUCUCCGAAAAUUACUCCUUUCCUUCUUCGUAUACUGCAAUUGAAUUUCCAGCUCUUUUGUUUGCUUCUCUUAUCACUUGGAGGAAGGUGAACCCUCGUGUUAUUUUUAUUUGGUCUUUGCUUUUAAUUGUAGUUUUUACCCUUGUGGUCCCUGAUGGCUUCGCACAGUGAUACUCUGGUGGUGUUCUUUGGGGCAACAGCUGGUGCAAAUGGGGGUAAACUGGGUUCGGAUGAAAGGGAAUUAAUUCUCUUGGUGUGGCAAAUUGUGGAUCUACAUGAGAAAAAGGUGGGGAAACUUCAGAGAUGCCUAGUAAAGCCGGACUCACUGGAUUUAACAGAACAAUGUAAGGAGGAAACGAGCCUGACCGUGGACGAACUUUUGAAGGCCGAAGCACUGGACAGCGUCCUUCAACAGGUCCAGCAGUCAGUGUCUGCAGAAGUGAAGGCCCUUGGCAGAAGUUCUUACACACUGUGCGUUGACGGCCCUUUGAUAAUUCGACAAGUCCUCCAUCCAGAAGCUUCCAAAAAGAAUUUGGUCCUGCCUGAGUGUUUUUACUCCUUCGUGGACCUGAGGAAAGAGUUUCACAAAUGCUGUCCCAACUCCGGCCCAGCGAAGGACCUCACCCUGUCGUCCAUGCUGGACUAUGUAUGUAUACCUCCCGUCGAGGAUCAAAUGGCAGGGGUUACAGAGGUAGAGAACAUGGUCCUGAUUGCACUACACAUCCUGGAUGAGCCUUACAAUCACCAGUUCACAGGCUUUGAAGCGGUCAAGUACAAAUUUGAAUCUGGAGCAUGUAAAACCGAGGCAGUGGACAGCGAGACGGUCAUCAGGGCCAGGGGGUUGCCAUGGCAGUCAUCUGAUCAGGACAUCGCACGCUUCUUCAAGGGCCUCAACAUUGCUAAGGGUGGCGUUGCUCUCUGUCUGAAUGCUCAGGGGAGGAGGAAUGGAGAGGCCUUGGUGCGUUUCAUAAACUCUGAGCACAGAGACAUGGCCCUGGAGCGACACAAACACCACAUGGGCAGCCGCUACAUAGAGGUGUACAAAGCAACUGGUGAGGAGUUCCUGAAGAUUGCUGGGGGCACAUCCAACGAGGUGACCCAGUUCCUGUCCAAAGAGAACCAGGUGAUAAUCCGCAUGCGGGGGCUGCCCUUCACUGCAACCCCCCAGGAUGUGCUUGGCUUCCUGGGCGCCGAGAGCCCUGUGACCGAUGCCACCGAGGGACUCCUGUUUGUCAAAUACCCAGACGGGCGGCCGACGGGCGACGCGUUUGUGCUGUUUGCCUGUGAGGAGUAUGCCCAGAACGCCCUGAAGAAGCACAAGCAGAUCCUGGGCAAGAGAUACAUAGAGCUGUUCCGCAGCACGGCCGCCGAGGUGCAGCAGGUGCUGAACCGCUACAUGUCCACUCCUCUGAUCUCCACCCUGCCGCCUCCACCCAUGGUGCAAAUGCCUGUGAUGGCCGCCCAGCCCUUCCUGACCACGGGCACCACGCGGGAUUGUGUUCGGCUGAGGGGCCUGCCCUACACUGCUGCCAUCGAGGACAUCCUGGAGUUCAUGGGAGAGCACACCAUCGACAUCAAGCCCCACGGGGUGCACAUGGUGCUCAACCAGCAGGGCCGCCCAUCAGGCGACGCCUUCAUCCAGAUGAAGUCAUCGGACCGGGCUUUCAUGGUGUCGCAGAAAUGCCACAAGAAGAUGAUGAAGGAUCGCUACGUGGAGGUGUUCCAGUGCUCCACCGAGGAGAUGAGCUACGUGCUGAUGGGGGGAACCCUCAACCGCAGCGGCCUCUCCCCUCCUCCCUGCAAGCUGCCCUGUCUCUCUCCCCCGACGUACGCAGCCUUCACGAACCCUGCUGCCAUGCUCCCUACUGAGGCCCUCUACCAGCCCCCCCUGCUGGCCACGCCGAGAACUCCCCAGCCGCCCACACACCAGGCUCCCACCCUGGCCUACUACCCCCCACAGGCGCACGCCCAGCUCUACAUGAACAUGAACAUGAACUACACAGCCUACUACCCCAGGCCCCUCAGUCCUCCCGUGUCCCCCUCCACGAUGAGCUACUUUGCGGCCCCCCCGGGCUCCAUGGCCGCGGCUGUGGCCGCCCAGCCACCCCCCGCAAUGCUGCAGCAUGGGGCGCAGCACGGAGCACUGGUGCGCAUGCAGGGCCUACCCUACAACGCCGGCGUCAAGGACAUCCUCAGCUUCUUCCAGGGCUACCAGCUGAAUCCCGACACUAUCCUGGUGCUGUACAACUUGAGCGGCCAGCGCAGCGGCGAAGCCUUGGUGACCUUUCCCAGCGAGGAGACAGCCAGGCGGGCCGUGGCCGAGCGCUCCAACCAGAACCUCUACGGUCACCCUGUGCGCCUGCUCUGCUGCAAGUGACCAGGAUUGGAGGAUGGAGAGGGGGAAGAGGGAAAAAAAAGAAAAAAAGAAAAGAGGACUGUACUUCACCACUUCACUCCCCACGCCGACUUUAUUUUUACAGACAGAUCUGCUUGAACCAGUGCCUCUACCCCCUCCCCUUCUCCCCCUUUUCUCCUCUUCCGUUGUACGCUCACUGGAGAGCAGCCAACAUGCUACAUGUAUAAACUCUGUGUACAUAUUGUAUUUAUAUACACAAACAUGUGUCUCUAGAAGUCUCGCUCAAAGUACCUGGUGUGUGUGUGUGUGUGUGUGUGCACAUAGGUGCGCAUGAGAAUGCUUGUGUGAACUUGUGAGUGGAUUCUUAUGGCCCUACACUGUACAAACACCAUUCUCUAUUGGUGGAGAAAAUAAAUAGAAAAAGAAAAAUAUUUGUAGAGGCAUUGAAGUCCCUCAACAUUUGACGGGAUGUUGAUUUUGCCAAACAAAGUGCUGCAUUACGACAAGGAAAGCUCUUCCUAUUUAAAAACACGUGUCUCUGCAUGUCUCUUGGAUGAUGAUGAUGAUGAUUGAUUUCCCUAACUGUAAAGCAGACAUGCCAAGGCUGUUGCAAUAUAAUAUUAAAGCCAUAUGCUGUAAAUCACUUAGCCUUGCAGUCCACACUGGAUGGCAAAGGGAAAGCCAGAGCACUACUGACGACUGCCUCGACUAGAUGGUUGGUCUGGUCCAAGCCACUGUGCAGAAAAAAAAAAAAAGAAAAAGCCAAAUGUGUCUGUGCUUUUUUUGUGUUGCAGUAAGAAGAAAAAAGUUAUUAUGUUAUUCUAUAGAAAGUGUCAAAAGCACUGUAGAACUCAAUAAGCUUUUUAUAUAUCAAAUGCUAUAAUCGUAGAAACCGAAUGUGCCUUGCUGUGUAUUCUUUAGACUUGCAUGUCUCAUAAAUGUGAUUUAUAGUUUAAUCCAUCUCAUCCCCUUUAAAAAAAAGUUAUUUUUAUUGAACCAGGAGUUUAAUUAUUUUUUUUGUCUGUUAUGCAUGCUUUUCAUUGUCAUUGGUAGAUUGUCAAAGAGGCUUCUCUUUUGUUGUUUCAAGACUGUUGGAGGAUGCAAUUUGCAAAACACUUGAAACGCCCCUUCCACACCUCCCACUCACAUCCCUUAGCGUUAGUGCUUUUGGAACCGGCAACAUGGCCCAUGGUACGUUCUCCGUUUCUGAAUGAUCAUGACAAUGCCACUGGAAGCGUUCCUCUGUCUUCUCUGUGCCAUGCCUGCUUCAUCCAGAGGGCAAUGCCAGCUGAACAAAGGUUGGAUGGGCCUCUGCAGUAGCAGAGUGGAUGUUUGUUUUUUUUCUUCCCCCCUUUAAACAAGUUUGAAACUUGUUUGAGUUUAGAAAUGCUCUCUUAUGUGACUCCUGUAUGCUAACAAUAAAUCAAAAAUGAUCCAA